AUGCAAGGAGGUCAACCCAUAGCAUUUUGCUCAAGACGUCUUACUGAAACCGAGACAAGUCUAAUUAAGUUUCAUCCGUUUGUUUACGGUAAUAAGAUAACAGUACAAACCGAUCACAAGCCAAUAAUUGGCAUUCAGCAAAAAGAUAAUAAUAAAAUUACGUCCAGACUACAGAGAAUGCGCUUGAAAAUCUUAAAAUAUAAUUUCGAAGUUGAGUACAUACCAGGUUCAAAGAUGUAUAUAGCUGAUCUUUUAAGUAGGUCAUUCAUAAAAGACAAAGUAGAUGAAGAUUGUGAAAUGGAAGAGGUUGUGCAUACAAUUGACAUUGAAAGACCCAUUACAAAUAGUCGAUUAGCUGAGGUAAGCAAGGAAUCUUUGUAUGAUAGUACUCUUAAAAAAGUUACUGAAUAUUGCAUUAAAGGUUGGCCAGAUAAAAAAGUAUUGAAUAACACUGAACUAAAGCAAGUUACACCACUAUGUGGUCUUGAGGCCUCACCUUCAGAGUUACUACAAAGCAGGUUACUAAGAACAGGUUUGCCUAUAUCCAACAAAUUAUUGGAACCCAAAACCACUAACGAGUAUGGGAAAAAAGUAGAAAGAAAGUUGGCAGUAAAAAGCUAUCAUGAUAAAUCUGCACGUAGCAGCUCGGAUUUUAACGAAAAUCAAGAUAUACUAUUUAAAUUGAAGAAGGAUGGGUAUUGGACACCGGGAAAAGUCUUAUCAAAUACUAAUACUCCACGAUCAUACUUGGUGAGUGAUGAAAAUGGCAGGGUUUAUAAAAGAAAUUCUUCCUUUCUAAAAAAUACAAAAAAUCCAACGGUUAUAAAUGCGUCAAACAACAACGAAAAUAUAAACAUAAACUGUAAACCUAGUAGUGCUGAUGAAUCAAGUGAGAACACUUGUUUGUCUAAUAGAACUGAUGUAUAUAAUGAAAACGGUUGUGGAACUAAUAAUAAUAAAACGGCAAAUGAAUGUACAAGUGUCAAGGAAGCAAAUAGCAAAUGCACAAGAUCAGGUCGGGUCGUCAAUGUACCAAAUAGGUUAAGAGACUAUUAUACAUAG